GCCGCGGGUGACGCCUGGCAGCGGCGCCGCGGCACAGCGCGGGGCGAUGGCGGGCGCGCAGGGCGCCUUCAGCCUGCGGGAGGUUCUCGCCGCCUUCCAGACGUGCGUGACGGAGCGGCGGGAGGUGCUGCUCGGCCCCUACCUGCGCGGCUGGCGGGGGCUCAUCCGGUUUCUCCACAGCCUGGGCGCCAUCUUCUCCUUCGUCUCCAAGGACGUGGUGGCCAAAGUACAGAUCAUGGAGAGCUACUGUCGCGGCGAGCAACGGGAGAAGUACGUGUCGCUGCAGUCCAUGGUGGAGUACGAGCUGGCCAACGGGCUGGUGGACGGGCAGAAGCGGACGGGGCGCCCCGACUCCGGUUGCCGCACUGUCCUGCGCCUCCACAGGGCCCUGCGCUGGCUGCAGCUCUUCCUGGAGGGUCUGCGAACGGGCCGGGAGGAUUCCCGGACAUCUGUCAUCUGCACGGACUCCUACAACGCUUCCCUGGCUGCCUACCACUCCUGGCUUGUUCGUAAGACUUGCACGGCGGCCUUCUGCGUGCUGCCGCCCCGAAACACCUUCCUUGAAAUCAUGAACGUGGGCACGCCCGAGGAAGCGGUCGCUAUGCUGGGUGAGGCCUUACCCUAUAUCUGCGACGUCUAUGGCAUCACCCAGGAGCUCUUUGCCCAGCAUGAGCUGCUCGACCUUCCUUGAUGGGAGGGAUGUUGAAGAGCCACGGCUCGUUCUGACAGAAGUCGGAUGAACCAAGUGAAAACCACGUGUUUUCACAGACGCACUAGCAUCUGGUUCUCUGUCCAUGGUCAUUCUCCCUCUCCUUUUCCAGUAUGGAGCUAGUUGGCAAAGCUACUCAGGUGCCUCACUUUGUAAGAGAAAAAACUGCAGCAAUUUUUUAAUGUAUAUGUAUAUCCGUAUGUGUGCCUGUAGAGCCUCGGCUUUACGGUAAGAAAAAAAAUACUAUCAGCAUGCUUAACGGAUUUCUUUUCUCCUCCUGGAUUCAGCCUCAACUCUCCAGCUAGGCUGGGAGAGGGGUGGUUUGGUUUAUUUUUUAAGCUAAACUCUGCAGCUUAAACAGCUGCUGUGUGUUUACACCAAUAGUUAGGACCUCCUGUGACAGCACAACUUUCAGAUGUGGUGUCUGAAUGAAUCUACAUUACAUGCGAGCACACUUUCACUUUUGUUUACAGGCUGUUCCCCUGAAGAGAUCGCUUAUUCUUGAGCCUUGAAAAUAUAAUCCUGAGUAAUGUGUGUCUGAAAGGAAGCACUUUUCCUGUAGUCACAGACUCAUUUGAUUGCUGCUAAUUCUGUGUCCCCUAGAACGAAAGAAGGGAACGGUGGUAUAUGCCAUUACUGUAAGAGAUUGAUCUUCCUUUGUGUGUGGAUCCAUUAUGCAGGAUCUUUUUUCUGUGUAGCUUCCUGAGCUGCAGAACAAACCCUACAACUCAAAGAGUAAUAAAGCAGGUAUGUUUAUUUUGGCGCUGGGUGCGUGGGGGAUCACUCCUCCAAACGCACAUACACCCCUUGUUUUCAAUAUUCAUCCUCUUAUACCGUUUCUGCUACUGAUUACAUCAUUACGGUAAUGGCUUCCCGGAAUUAAUUUACAUUUUCCUCGCCCUUUAUUCUUUGCCUGCGCGGAAUCUUCGGGUGGUCUCUGGUGGUCGUGGUGAUGAAGGCUCUGAGUCUUCCUCCCCUUGCCCUUUUCACCUUAUGUAGACUUAACCUGCAAAGCCAGUUCUGCCUGGUUUUGCAGCUGGCCUCAUAAUAUGUUUUUCCUUUUCACCUCUUAUCUCUUGUGCACACCAGGGGAUUCGUCCAUCGUUCAGGGUUUCUGAUUCCUAUCUAACCGUAGCACAUUUGUGGGUGUUGUAUAAGUGACCCUUGCUGGCAUGUUUCUAAGUCAUGCCAAAUUACAAUUAGAGGACUAUGUUAUCUUAAACUACAAAGCGAAUUAUACACCCAUGUUCCUGAACACUCUCCUGCCCAUUAAUCUACACUUUAUGCGUCUUGGGAUGUGGAACAGUUUUUAGUAUAUACUGCACAAUACCAUAUAUCCAGAUAAGGCCGCAGACAGUACCUUAUCUGUUUUCCAGCCAUGCUUCUCAAUUGUGUUCUCAUGAUUAUUUUUGUUAAUGACUGUGUCAAAUGCCUACAAAAAUUACUUCUCUGACUGUCUGGGGAGAAAUCCAAACUUGUACUGUACGUCACUACUUUGUGAGGCUUAUGGCUUGUAUUGCUAAUCACUGUAUGUAAUACACAUCGAAGUAAAAUUGAGUUUACUUAGCUUUUUGAAAGCUGAAGAAGCACUACUUGUGAGUUCCGGAUGAUGUGAAUAUUUGGAGGAGGAGGGAGAUUCCCCCAGGCUGUAAGAUGUUUUGAUUGUAUCUCAGAUAAGAGGCAUUUUGGCCUAAUGUAACACUGCGUGAUUCAGGAAAUCACUAUUACCUCACGGGCAUUAGUCUAACGGGACAAUAAAUUAUGUGAAUAACA